AUGCCACUACUGAAAUGCUCGAAGGAAGAAUUGAAUCUUGGGGCAGUGCUGUUAAGCGGCCAAUCAUUCAGAUGGAAAAAAUUGGUAACAAAUGUUGAUGAAAAUAUCGCUCCUUCAUCAGAUGACAUAUUUUUUGGUGUUGCUAAACAUCGAGUGUGGAAAGUAUGGCGAGAGAAUGACGAACAGUUAGGCUACGAACUUGGUAUCGAACUAAUCCCACUAUAUAAGCUGUGGUCCGAAAAUGACAAGCAUUUCGCUCGUCUUUUGGCGAAUCAUCGGACGAAAUUGGAAGGAAUUCGUGUCCUUGGACAAGAUCCUUUGGAAACUGUUUUUGCUUUCAUUUGUUCUGCAAAUAAUCACAUCCGACGUAUCACAAAUAUGGUUGAGACACUGUGUGAGCUAUAUGGUGAAAGCACUAAUGUUUCUUGUUUGAAUGGCAUUAAGACAUUUUAUGAUUUUGCUGAUCUAAAACGCAUGACUGAUGACCCUUCGUUAGAAACAGUUUUGCGAACUCGUGGUUUUGGUUAUCGCGCACUGAACAUUGCACUUGCCUCCAAAGCACUCCAAGACAACGGGGAACAAUUUCUGGAAAAUUUGUCAAAGGGUACUUAUGAAAAUGCAGUGGAAGAACUUCAGCAAAUGCGGGGAAUUGGCGCGAAGGUUGCAGACUGCAUAUGUUUAAUGGGACUACGCAUGCAUUUCGUUGUACCAAUUGAUACGCAUACAUUACAAAUCACAGCAGAAAAUUAUUUGGGGACAUUACUGCAAAGAAAAUCCCUGCAAGAAAAGGAUCGACGGCAAGUUGCGGCUAUUUGGCAAGAAAAGUUUGGUCCAUACGCCGGUUGGGCUCAAGCUGUUUUAUUCACAGCACAUCUACGACAAAUGAAUAUCAGACAGCCUACAAGGAGAUCAUUAAAGAUAAAAACAGUAAAGCUAUAA